ACUAUAAAAUAAAUGCUAAUAAGAUAAUAAGAGGAUAGAUAAGAUAAAAUACUAACAAAAAAGCCUUGCAGAUUCCGAUCAAUUCAAAGAUGGAUGCGACCUUCCCACCAUCCCCUUUCCAUAUUCCGUUAUUAUUAUCGUUUUCUCUCAUUUUCUGACAAUUUCUCUUGUUCUUUCUCUAAUGGCGGUUGCAGCCUUCAAAUCCUCUUCGCGAAGAGCAACCCAGUCUUCCGCGCCUUCGAACGCGCCUCCGAACACGACGUCGUCUUCUGGCAGAUCCUCCACCAGAGCUCCGAACCCGACUCGCAGGUCGAGGAGCGUGAGCGCGUUCUCCAGGGGCAGUUCCGACAUUUCCACGGCCACCGAGUUCCUCAACAAGAGGGACAACCCUCUCUUCUUCGACGAAAAGCAAUCCGCCACUGUUUUUCUUCUGGAAACUUCCACGCCCGCGAAUUCGGCGCGAAGCACCGAACCGGGUCGGAUGGAAACGGGUCGGGCCUUAUUCAGAGUGAAUUCGGGUCGACGCACCCGCUCCGCUUCGCAGUGCCCGGUUUCGAGGCGGAAUCUGAACUUUUAUACUUCCGAGAGUGAAGCUGAAUCUAAAGAAGGGAAUGGUUUGAAGUUAGUGGGGAGUAACAGAAAAGGUGGUUUGGUUGGAAGAAGUGAGAAUGGUGUGACUGGUCAAGUGAAAGAUUUGCAGACGUGGUCUAGUCGGCAUUUGACAGUUGAGGUCUCAGAUAGUUUUGCUGCCACUUUGCCUGGUCUGCAAACUCAAACCUGUGAUGAUGAAGCUUCGACGGCAAGUUCUGGAUUUGGUUCUGAUGAGAAAACUAUCAAGGCAGUUUUUGAACAAAUGAAGUCAGUACAGGGAGAUAUGCCAGAAGCCAGUGAUAUAUAUGAAACAGUUCGUUCUGAAGUGAGGCGUGCUAUUUCUGAGAUUCAGAUUGACCUUGAAAGUGCUAUCCAAAGGAGUAAUGCUACUUCCAUUGCUGUUACUAAUGUGUCUGAUGUUCCUCCUGACUUGGUAAACCCUGGUGCAGUAGAAUUAGUUUUAGAGAUUAGAAGAGAGUAUGCCAGAAAGCUUGAAGAGUCCCAGGAGCGAGCGAGAAAUCUUCGAGCAGAUCUGGCUGUUGAAGAACAUCGUGGACGAGAACUUGAUAGAAUAUUGAAAGAAGUUCUUCCAUAUCCCAAGACCCCUAUUAUACAAAAGCCUCGUCCAGCAAGAAAAUCUAGCAUUGAAAGAAGGAGGAUGUCAAAACGUCUUGCAGAAGAUGCCAAGGCUUAUUUUGAUGAGUGUGUCUCGCUAUCAACUUUUGAUAGUUCUGACUUUUCAUCUCCAGAGGAUCCCCCACUCAAUUUCGUUGGUCCUCCUACUCCAUCUGGCAGCCCUGUAUGUUUAACUGAGGAAUCCGGCACACGAGGACAAUCCAUGAAUAUCCAUUAUGACAUUUCACAACCACCUGCUAACAUUGAUACUGUGGGAGAUUUUCACGGUCAAGUCAGUUCAAUCACUGACAGCACAGAAACUGGUAGCAAACCCUGCUUCUCCUUUGCACAGAAACCAUCUGAAACCUCUGCACUUCAACAAGACAUCCAACAGUACAUAAAAAAGUUCGAAAAAAAUGUUUUGAAGUCUUCAACUAUGAGAUCAAACUAUUGUGACCCUCGUGAGUAUAGUUUUCAAUCAUCAGCGGAGAGCUUGUUGAUUGAUAGAGUACUGCUAAAAAGUAGAAUUGAGUCUGGUAGUUUGUUACUCUGUGGUGGUGGUGGUAAUAAUUUGUUAUCUAAAUUUUCUGGGAUAGGGAUUUGACUUGGGAGACAUAGAUUAAGCAACUCUUUUAUUUAUUUAUAUAUGCCUUGUAAUUUUGACCUUAUCAUUUACACAUGUAAUAUAAAUCUAAAUGUACAUCUGUUUGCCUAUUCA